AGCUCCCCAAUCCCACUUCGUCCAGCGUCAAGCGCCAAUUCCCAAUCAAGCUCAGCCGACAACAAGAUGAAGGUUUUCGUCUGCCUGAUUGCCUGUUUCAGCCUGGCCCACUGUGGCUUCAUCGGAGGCGGUGGUGGUGGCGGUGGCUGGUCCUCUGGAGGAGGCGGCGGUGGCUGGUCUUCCGGAGGCGGCGGCGGUGGCUGGUCUUCCGGAGGCGGCGGCGGUGGUGGCUGGUCCUCUGGAGGAGGCGGCGGCGGUGGCUGGUCCUCUGGCGGUUCAGGCGGUGCCCCCACCAUAGUCAAGGUCAUCAGCGAGGAUGCUGGCCACGGUCAUGGCGGUCAUGGUGGAUACGGACAUGGCCCUGCCCCCGAAGAGCUAAAGAUCAUCAAGGUGAUCAGCGAGGGCGGCCACUCCCAUGGCCAUCACGAUCAUGGUCAUGGCCACAGUCACGGCGCCGAGGUGAAGAUCAUCAAGGUUAUCCAGGAGGAAGAUCACGGACACGGUCAUGGUCACAGCCAUGGUCAUGGUCAUGGCUAUGACUACUCCAGCGGUGGCCACCAGGCCGAGGAAGUGAAGAUCAUCAAGCUGAUCAGCACGGGAGUCACCGAUGGCGGCUACUCUUCCGGCGGUGGCUGGUCUUCCGGUGGCUCUGGAGGUGGUUGGUCCUCUGGGGGAUCCAGCGGUGGCUGGUCUUCCGGCGGUGGCUGGUCCUCGGGUGGCUCCGGCUGGAACUAGAGGCAAUCCAAAGCGCUGACGUCAGCUCCUUGUUCCUGUUGUCAGAGUUGUCCAGCGUUAUUGGCCUUUUGCGAUGUUACGAAGUUACUAUAAUUUUAAGAUGCUGCACGUUUUUUGUGUAUUUUUUUUUUUGUAUUAUUUUGUUGCCAAUAGUUUACCAAAUAUAAAAAAAACAGAAAACAAAAUAAGUGUUGAACGAUUCUUUGUCUAAUGGACGGAAAGCCCCCGAAAUAAGUGAAUACUCAUGUUCGGGGAUUUUCGAGAGGAGAGACCAUCUCGGUUUCGCUUUCCACUUAACCCAUUUUGCGACAAUUUCGAACACACUCGAGACACUCGAACGAUUGAAUGAUUCAAAUUGCAUAAUAAUAGUAUUCAAAAACGAGUUUGUCACCUGAGAAGUGACUUGGGGAAAGUCGAAGAUAUAAGAGUAAGGCCAUAAAUAAAAUAUAAAAAAAUUAUUUCAGGCAU